AGUAGUCUUGGUUCAAGGAUAGGCUGUGCGUAAAUGUGAGGAAGCUAGAACUCACUGAAGCCUGUUUAAGCAUUUUAACUAUAUGCUUGAAACCAAUGAAUGCAGCCAUCUCCAGUCUACCCGAGUGUUUUAUCCAAGGGCUACAUUCAAUUUUAACUAAAGAAAGGCUCAUUCCUAUACUACAAUGUCAAUGAGAGCUGUCAUCUUAAACAAUGACUUUAUUCAUAUGAUCUAAUGAAUAUUUAAAAUAACAAGAUGCCAUUGAUUAGACGAUUGCCAUCGUUGUCAAAGAAUCUAUCAAGAGUUCUUCUAAAUCAUCAGAGAUGUGAAUCAUCUACUCACUCCCUUGCAACAAAUGGUGGUCAUGUUGAACCCAGGAGCAAGGAAGAUCAUUAUCCUCUUUGGAUGGAGGAGGCAAGUCUCUAUGUUCACUGGCCAUACUGUCAGAAACGCUACACCUACUGCAAUUUCAACAAGUACGUAACCCCAACCAUCGAUCAAAACCGGAUGAGGGCCUGCUUGGUGAGGGAAGCCCAGACCUUGAUCAAGCUUAGUGGUGUCAAACAGGUCAACUCCAUCUUCUUUGGGGGAGGGACACCGAGCCUAGCAGAACCAAGAGUACUUGAAGGUGUCAUUGAAGCAGUCAAGGAACUUGUUGCCAUGCCAACGGAUGUUGAGAUCUCCAUGGAAGCCAACCCAACGUCAGUAGAGAUGAAGAAGUUGGAGGAUUUCAAAAGUGCUGGUGUGAAUAGACUGUCCCUUGGCAUCCAGGCACUCGACAGCAAUGACCUGAAAACCCUUGGUCGUGAACACACCGUCGGCCAAUCACUGACCUGUAUCCACGAGGCCAGGAAACUCUUCCCAGACCGCCUCAGCAUCGACAUCAUCUUUGGCCGACCUUCUCAAACACUGAAUUCUUGGGAAGCAGAACUCGAACAGAUUCUACAAGUAUGUGACAGCCAUAUAUCAUUGUACCAAUUGACUCUUGAACCAGGCACUUUGUUGUAUAAGUUUGACCAACAGGGAGUUCUGCCCAUGCCAGAUGCAGAUUUAAUUGCUGAUAUGUAUGAAACUGCUGUGGAAAGACUAGCUCAGGCUGGUUUCCAUAGGUAUGAAGUGUCCAACUUUGCAAGGACUGUGAGAGCAGAGAGCAUCCAUAACAAGGCAUACUGGGAAGGGAAACAGUAUAUUGGGGUAGGCCCUGGUGCUCAUGGACGCUUUGUUCCAAUUACAGAACAGUUUGCAGAUAAUGCAGAUCCAAGUGGUAAAAGAGGAUAUUCACAGUCAUUACCAAAUGGAAAAAGAGGAUAUUCACAGUCGUUACCAAAUGGGAAAAGGGGAUAUUCGCAAUCAUUACCCAGUCACAGUAAAGGACAUGAUGAAUCUAAAGAAAGGACUAUUAAUAAUCGAUCAAAUAAGAAUUUGAUCAAGCUUUCCACAGCAGCUAAGAGCAAUAAUGAUCACCAAAGUAGAGAACUAUCGGUAACAGCAGUAACGGAGCAGAUCGGAGCAACUCCAGACGGUGUUCCUACUCUGCCGCAAAGAGAAGCCAGAAUCCAGACUCUGGAACCAGAUACAUGGAUGCUGGAGGUUGAAAAGUAUGGAGAUGCCACCAGGAAACGUAUUCCACUGUCCAAUGUGGAUGUCCUGAGAGAGCUCCUCCUGACAGGUCUACGAACCCGGCCUGGUAUAUCCGACCAGACGUGGCAGCAGCUCAGUCCUGGAGAUUGCCUAAGAGAUGUCUUUGGGUCUAGUGACUUUAUCAAGUCAGCUAGGGAGUCUGGUCUGAUGAAACUUGAUGAUGCGGGAUUGAGGUGUACCCAUCGUGGACUCAAUGUUCUGGAUAGCUUGUUGCCAGACUUGACUGAUAUCCUAAACUCUCACUAUGAUAGGCAAAGUUGAUCAUUGCGGCAGGGAAAAAAAUACUUAACAAAUUUCAGGGGCUACUUUUCAAGCUUGCUUGCAUGAAAAUAACACUCUUUAAUUUGUUUUGCAUUGAACUCUAUGCAAAAUUUGGGGGCUCUUUUACGACUUCCGGGGGCUUUUGGGGGCAUUUUGGGGGCUAUUUCGCCCCGUUCCCUGUAUACUUUUUUCCCUGCAUGGAGGACUUCUGUCAUGUGAAGAAGCAGUCUAUCAAAGCUGAACUCUAUUGUCACACAUCUUUUGUGUAUUUUUUCAUGCACAUGUACGAAAUUCAUAAUUUUUGUAAAGUAGAACUGACAUCAAAUGAAGUUGAAAAAUCAAUAUUUCUAUGAAGAUGUAAUUAUAAUAAAAUCUAUGUUAUAUGUAUUUCAACUGAAA